UAAACAAUGAUGUAUAUUGUUAUUGUUGUUGCUGUUUACAAAUAUAGUAUUGAAUUUAGAAUAUUAGUGGAAUUAUCGUGCAUGAUACGAGACCUAAUCUAAUUAAUUUAAAAAUCCGAGCAUGGCUCGCGUACAAAAAACAAAAAAAAAAAAAAAAACCACUUUGGCCUAAGAGUACAUUUAGCCUUCCUAAACUACCACUUUUCAAUAUUCUUUUUCCAGCGUUGCAGAAUCAGACGCCAUCAGCCCACCUUUCCGACUUAGUCGUCUCUCCUGUUUCCCCCCUGUUUCUUAAUUUCUGACUUAAGCUUAAAGAAACAUGUAAGCCUUUUUCUCCAACAAUUCUUCCCAAAAUUGUUGUGACUUUCAGCAAUGGUACUUCCUCUUGUAAAGCUUGGAACUCUUGCUUUAAAAACUGCUUGCAAACCCAUUGCUAAUCGUCUCAAGAAAGAGGCUAGUUUACACCCCAGAUUCCGUCAAAAUAUCAUCAAUUUUGCUCAGGUAAAUCAUCGAAUUACAACACAGGUACAACGGCGCAUUUAUGGUCACCGAACUGAUGUUGAGAUUCGUCCUUUAAAUGAAGAGAAAGCUGUCCAAGCUGCUGCUGAUCUCAUUGGAGAACUCUUUGUAUUCACGGUUGCUGGAGUUGCUGUUAUUUUUGAGGUGCAGAGAAGUGCUAAAUCAGAAGCUAGGAAGGAAGAAGCACGUGCGCAGGAGUUCCAGGCAUUGAGACAGCGAGAUGAGGAUUUGACUAGAGAAAUUGAGGCUCUUAAACAAAGAUUUGAAGAGAUAGAAAAACUGGCGAAAGAACAAGGAAAAAGUGGAAUUUUCAGCAUCCGCAAACAGCCACCUGUAGCACAGGAUCCAAAAUAGUCUGACUGACCAUGCAGAUACUUAUUUUAAUUAAUCAUGAAUAUCUGACAGAUGUGAAAAGUGUUCAGCCAAUCUAGAAUCUAUACAGUCCACAAUUGCGGACAGAAAAAUCUCAAAACAUUUUGUCUAAAAUAAUUCAUUGUACCUGUAAACUAAUUCAUAUGAUAAAAUGUUGUUUGUAAACAGGCUUAUAUACUAGAUUUUGUAAUUCAUAUCCAUGUUGGCUUGUUUAUACCAACAUCUUCCUGAGUUC